UGCCGAUUCCUGCGCCAACCUCGAUUCCUAAAUUGAUGCCUUCUAUGGUGAGAGAGACACUCAAAGAAGUCUUUCGCGGAGAUGUUAUGAUGCAGCUCCAGCCUCUCCUAGAUCGACUUAAAAAGGAAAACUGGAAUGGAGUCAUUCAGAGAGAUAUCAUGCAAGUAUUGAACGACAGGAACGUCCGAGUGUUGCCGACUUUGGCAAAGAACAUGCUACACAUAUGGGCAACAAGAUCGCAAAAUGCAAUGCUUCUAUCCUGGCUUGAGCAAGCGCGGGAUGAUGUUGAUGUAUUUCAAUGGACGGAAAGAUACGUUGAGCCCGCUCCCUCUGUCUGGCUGAACCCCCAGUCGGCUCACGCUCUGUUCCAUGAUUUAGAUGCCAUGAUUACGCAAGUACCGCAGUCGACAAUCCGAGGACCACUCCAAGCUAAGAUGAACAUGCUGAGAGGCAUCUUCGAUCAUCAAGAGAAGUCUCACAGGGAUGAGAUGCUGUUCCGCGUUGAUAGCCUGCAAAUGGAUAUUGCGAAGAUCCACGAUCAGAUGGCAGAAUCGAAGCAAGCGGAGGGACAAAUUGCGAAGGAAUCGGCCGUAACAAGGGAUGACGCUGCAGAGACCGAUGAAACCUUUGCUGUUCAUAUUGUUGAGAGAGGUGACGAUACUGAUGAGGAUUUGGAGGAGAGGAAGAAGAAGAAGCGAAAGGGGGAGAAGAAGGAGCCGAAAGCUGAGGAAAAGGAGAAGAAGAAAGUGGAGAAGAACGGAGGGAAGGGGAAGAAGAAUGGUAAAAAAGAAAUGACGAUGGAAAGGAAGAUCAAGAACAGAGAGAAGAGGAAGAAGAGAUCCCGCCAAGAAAUGAUGGAGGAGGACUAGAGGGAGAGCAGAGGGGGCCUUGUAAGAUACAUGUAUGAGUACCUAGUUUAUUCAGCUUGGAGCUAUUGGGAGAGCUGUAA